AUGGACACGAUUCUGAAGUAUCUCCUCGAGGCAUCAGAAGGACCAGACGGCUUGUUGUCCAGGUUGACAGACUUUGCAUAUGAUGUCAAAUUCGCACGAACCAUCAUACGCGCUAAAGACAAAUACUGCAAAGAUGACUUUGACCGAACAAGUCAAAGAUGGGUCUCAGUAGCAUCAAGUCUACCAGAGAUUGAUGAUGAGACUUUAUGGAAAGCUGCUGUAGUUUGUCAUACGUUCUGGAUUCGCACAAACUUCAGUCCCUGGCAGAUUGCACGAAAAUACGCCACCUUCCCUGAUCACAACAAGAUCGAAGGUCUUGUGACCUACGAGGCUGCUAAGAACUACGCUAGUGUGGCCUGUAGUAUCUGUCAGCUCCACGACUGCCCUUUCCAUGGCACUAUCCUCGAAAGACCAGACGCCAAAGACUUAAGCGAUGAGGAAGACGACGCCAACUCUGUUGACGCUCUAGAUGUUGACUAUCCACCUAGAGUUAAUUACAAAGAACUUGCUACAGCUCCGCUAGAGAGGGAACCGCCAGGAGGGACCUCUCCCGCGCAACCUAAAAAACCUCUUAAUUGGUGGAUGAACGAGGCCAACAGCGUAACAUGGGACCACAGCCAACGUGGUCCUUUCUUUCCGUGCAACCACCCUGGAUCCUCGUGCGAGGAUGCGCGUUGUUCAUGCUUCGAAGCAAGGGUCUGCUGUGAGAAAACUUGUGGUUGUUCGAAGAAUUGUAGUCGACGCUUCCAGGGAUGCUCUUGCGCUAGACGAACAAGAUGUUGCGCCCAGGAUGACUCCUGCGAAUGUUUCAGAAUGAAUCGAGAGUGCGACCCAGAUCUCUGCGAUUCAUGCGAGGCUCAUGUCAUCCUAGAUCCAGUCAACAGGUUCGACGAUGAGUAUCUUGAUCGAAGAUGCCGCAAUGUCGCUAUCCAACGCGGCGUGCCAAAACGAACACUUCUCGGGCGUAGUCUCGUUCAUGGUUUCGGUCUGUACGCUGGAGAGCCUAUUGCAAAAGGCGAAUUCGUUGGCGAAUAUCAAGGAGAAAUUAUCACCAGAGACGAGACCGAGCGACGAGGUGCCAUUUACGACUUUCAGAAGUUGAGUUACAUCUUCGAUCUGAACAGAGACCAGACUAUCGAUUCCCAACGCAUGGGUAACAAGAUUCGCUUCAUCAACCAUGCCGCAAACUCCCAUCUUCGAAACAUUCGUCCAAAGAUCAUGCUAUGCAAUUUAGCCCACCGAAUUGGCAUGUUUGCUCACAGAGAUAUCAAAGUCGGCGAAGAAUUGUUCUUCGAUUAUGGA